AUGAAUUCACCUGACAUUGGGAAUACCCAAGAAGUACAGUUUUGCUUUGCUUUGGUUAACAAUUCUUGCCCUAGAAAUGUGAGGUCUGUGCUGAGUGUCUGUGCCAUGUACGUUGUCAUGAUUGGUGCUAUAGUAAUGACCAUGCUGGGCAACCUGGUUGUGAUCAUUUCCAUUGCCCACUUCAAGCAGCUCCACUCCCCGACCAACUUCCUGAUCCUCUCCAUGGCCACCACUGACUUUCUGCUGAGCUGCGUGGUCAUGCCCUUCAGCAUGAUCAGGUCCAUCGAAUCCUGCUGGUACUUUGGGGAUCUCUUCUGCAAAGUCCACAGCUGCUGCGACAUCAUGCUCUGUACCACCUCUAUUUUCCACCUCUGCUUCAUCUCCGUGGACCGCUACUAUGCUGUCUGUGACCCUUUGCAUUAUGUCACCAAAAUCACCAUCCCUGUCAUAGAGGUCUUUCUAUUCAUCAGUUGGUCUAUUCCAAUCUUUUUUGCCCUUGGCCUGGUUUUCUCAGAAUUAAACAUAAUUGGUGCAGAAGAUUUUGUUGCAGCCAUUGACUGCACAGGUUUGUGUGUGUUGAUAUUUAACAAACUCUGGGGAGUGCUGGCCUCCUUUAUAGCCUUCUUUCUCCCUGGAACUGUAAUGAUGGGGAUUUACAUAUACAUUUUCACGGUAGCCCAGAAGCAUGCUAAGCAAAUUGGCACAGGUCCCCUGAUGAAACAGGUUAGGUCAGAAAGCAAAAUGAAAGCAGCAUCCAAAAAGGAAAGCAAGGCCACCAAGACUUUAGGCAUAGUCGUGGGAGUGUUUGUGUUAUGCUGGCUGCCCUUUUUUGUCUUGACAAUCACAGACCCUUUCAUCAAUUUUACAACUCCUGAAGAUUUGUACAAUGUCUUCCUCUGGCUGGGUUAUUUCAAUUCUACUUUCAAUCCCAUUAUAUAUGGCAUGUUUUAUCCUUGGUUUCGCAGGGCAUUAAGAGUGAUUGUCUCAGGAAGGGUCUUCUGCCCUGACUCUUCCACGCUGAGCCUGUUUCCUGCACAUGCUUAG